GCUGCCCUUUCUGUCUUUUUUUUUAUAAAGCACAGUGGCUUGGCUCAGAGACAGCAUUGAGCGGUAAUACAGCCUGAUGCCAACAUAACCAUGGGAAAGAUCAUAUUCUUCGAAGACAGAAACUUUCAAGGGCGCUCUCAUGAGUGCAGCAGCGACUGUGCCGACCUUCACUCCUACUUCAACAGGUGUAACUCCAUCAAGGUGGAGAGUGGCUGUUUCAUGGUCUAUGAGAGGCCCAACUUCAUGGGCAACCAGUACUACCUGAGGAGAGGAGAAUACUCUGAUAACCAGCGUGUCAUUGGCAUCAAUGACUGUGUCAGAUCUUGCCGCUUGAUCCCCCAGCACCAAGGCUCCUACAAGAUGAGGCUUUACGAGUGCUCCGACAUGUCUGGCCAGAUGCAUGAGCUGCUGGACGACUGCCCAAAUGUCCAGGACCACCUCAGCACAUCUGACAUCAACUCCUGUAACGUGAUGGACGGCCACUGGCUGCUGUAUGACCUACCCAACUACAAGGGCAGAGUGUACUACCUGAGGCCCGGAGAGUACAGGAGAUACAGCGACUGGGGAGGCAUGAGCCCGAAAAUCGGAUCCCUCAGAAGAAUCACUGACUCCAACUGAAGUCAGGCUUCAUUUAAAUGCAUCUUUCCCCAUGUUUA